GAAAAUAAAGACUCCAUUUUUAGGCUAAUUUGGCCAGAGAUUUCUUUGAGGUAGUUAAACUUUCCCACAGACUAUUGGCUGUUGAUUGCUUCUCCUAUGUCCAAUCGGAUGGUGCUUAGCUACACCAAUUCAUUUGCAUUAUUUCGACCUAAAUUUAAUGGCCAUUCCAUUCCCUCCAUAUACCACACAGAUGUGUUAUCCUUGACGAGGCAUGUGUCUUCCGCAACUGCUCUCUCCUUUUGUCAGCUUCAGGCAUCAAAACUUCAUGAUAGUCCAGUUACUGUUGCAAGUGAUGUUAGAUAUGGUAGUAAACAGAUUAUAAGUGUUGAUUCGCCACUGUAUGACUACAUAUUGACCAAUGUUAGAGAACCAAAGAUUUUGCGUGAACUUAGGGAGGAAACAGCAACAAUGCGAGGCAGUCAGAUGCAGGUGUCACCGGAUCAAGCACAACUACUUGCUAUGCUCGUCCAGAUUCUUGGGGCAGAAAGGUGCAUUGAAGUGGGAACAUAUACUGGAUAUUCAUCCUUGGCUGUUGCCCUGGUCCUUCCAGAAGGAGGUCAUUUAGUUGCUUGUGAAAGAGAUGGCAAAGUAAUUGAGGUUGCAAAAAGAUAUUAUGACCGAGCUGGUGUGUCACAUAAGGUGGACGUGAGACAUGGUCUAGCAGCAGAUACUUUGAAGUCUUUGAUUCAAAAUGGUGAAAGUUGCAGAUAUGAUUUUGCAUUUGUUGACGCAGAAAAGAAAAUGUAUCAAGAGUACUUUGAGUUGCUGCUACAACUGGUGAGAAUCGGAGGUCUUAUUGUAGUCGAUAAUGUCCUAUGGCAUGGAAGAGUUUCCGAUCCACUGGUAAAUGAUUCCAAGACUCUUAGCAUUAGAAACUUUAAUGAAAACUUGAUGAAGGAUAACCGCGUCGACAUCAGUAUGGUGCCUAUUGGUGAUGGUAUGACAAUCUGUAGAAAAAGAUGAAGCAUAAAAAGAGAUUGGAUGUUGAACUUUUAGUGUAAUAUUUUGUUGUUUCACUUUUUCAUUUGUAAGAGAG